ACUUAGGCCAAUGCUCCUCAAAUUUUCAAUUUUGUCGGCUUAAUACAUUUGACCAAUUGUCUUAUCUGUUAUUUUUGUGGGUUUAAUAUAUUUGAGUUUGUAUAAUAUCUUAGAAAAUUUAACCUAUUAUAGAAAAUUCUCAUAUUUGUAUUAUAUCCGUACAUCACACGAAAGCUAAUCUAGUAUCUUAAAAAAUUUAAGCAAUUAUAUAUCUACGUACUACCUCCGUUACAUAUUAUUUUCAACGAUUUGACAUAAAGUAGAGAGAAAAUGUCUAGUCGUCGCAAAUAAUAUGUAACAGAGGUAGUAAUUCGUAUCAUAUAUACCCAUCACGUGGCAUUUGUUUAAUACACUUCUUCUUCCUAUCUUCUCACUAAUCACUUUACUAAUCCAUCUUUAAAAAAUUAAAUGGAGUUGGUGCUUAUACCAACACCAGGAAUGGGCCACCUUCUCUCCGCCGUAGAGUUAGCCAAGCGCAUCCUUGACCGCGACCACCGCAUUUCGAUCCUCAUCCUCAUCUUAAACAUCCCCAUGAAUUCCCAAAUGCUCAAUUCCUUCAUCAACUCCCAAUCACGUGACAACCAUUACCCUACUCGCCUCACCUUCUCUUCAUUGCCACCCCUCUCAAACCCUCCAGACCCCACCUCCCCUAACUACUUCCAAACUCUCAUUAGCCUUCAUAAACCACUCGUUAAAACCGCUGUCGAGGACAAAGUCAAGGCCGGUAGCCUUGCCGGGUUUGUCCUCGACAUGUUUUGCACUACCAUGAUUGAAGUUGCUGACCACUUCAUGGUCCCCUCGUAUAUUUUCUUUACUUGCGGAGCAAGUAUGUUAAAUCUUUUAUUUCAUUUCUUUGUGUUGGAAGAUGAUCAAGAGGUUGACAUCGCUGCUAAACUCAACGAACCGGGUAUCGAAUUGGAUGUACCCGGGUUCAUUAACCGUCUCCCCGGGAAAGUUGUCCCUGAAGGUUUAGUCAGCAAGGAAUUUGGGUCUUCUUCUAGGUUUUUUGAUCACUUUAAGAAGUUUAAAAAAUCCAAGGGUAUAAUAGUAAAUACGUUCACUGAACUUGAAACGUUUGGUGUACAAUAUUUGUUUGAUCAAGCGAGUAAGGAUGGUGUGCCGGCAAUUUAUCCUGUGGGCCCCAUCUUGGAGCUCGAUACUAAGGGCCGAGGUGGGCACCGAGGUGAUGAUGAGGAGUCUAUUAUAAAAUGGCUAGAUGAUCAACCUCCAUCUUCGGUGGUGUUUCUCUGCUUCGGGAGCAUGGGCAGCUUCGAUGAAGAUCAAGUAAUUGAGAUAGCUAACGGCCUAGAGAAGUCCAGAUAUCGGUUCUUGUGGUCCUUACGAAGACCACCAAUCGAGGGUGAACUUGAACUACCAAGUGAGAAUGAAAUAUUUGAGGAAGCAUUACCUAAGGGCUUUCUAGACCGUACGGAAGAAAGAGGGAAAAUUAUAGGGUGGGCACCACAAGUCUCGAUCCUAAGCCAUAAGGCUGUAGGAGGGUUCGUGUCACAUUGUGGUUGGAACUCGAUACUAGAGAGUUUGUGGUUUGGGGUGCCUAUGGCUACGUGGCCGUUGCACUCAGAGCAGCAAUUGAACGCUUUCGAGCUAGUGAAGGAGCUUGGACUAGCGGUGGAGAUAAGGAUUGAUUAUCGACGUGAUUGGAAGACUAAGAAAGGAAACAUUAAGGUGACCGCGGAGGAGAUCGAGAAUGGGGUGAAAAAGUUGAUGAGUUUGGAUGAGGGGACCAAGAGCAAAGUAAGGGAAAUGAGUGACAAAAGUAGAGAUGCAUUAGAAGAUGGUGGUUUAUCUCAUAAAAGGUUGGGUCAAUUUAUUGAAGAUGUUUUGAAUAAUGUUGCUUAAAGUAUUUGGUUUAUAUGGACUAUACGUCAUAAAGUGUUGCAAACUGAUUGCAUUUGUUAAUGUAUUCUAAGCUUUGACUUACUACUUAAUGUAACGUGAUCUAUCUAUGUUAUGUACUGUAUCAUAUCAUUUACAUGUACUUGGUAUCUGAUUAUAUAUU